AUGAGAGACCCGAUUGCAAAGAAACUGGAUAGAUGUUUGAUAAAUGGAAAUUGGCAAGUGUUGUUCCCUACCAGUGAUUACUCUUUUGAGGCGCCUGAAUUUUUAGAUCACGCACCAUGCCACAUCAAACUCUUCACUCCUCCGCCUGAUUAUGGAACAAGACCGUUCAAAUUCUUCAAUCUGUUCUGUAAGCAUCCAUCCUUCUUGGAUUCGGUCACUGAAGCUUGGCUUAAUGGAGGUGAAGAAUCAACAACUCUGAAAUCUUUUUGCUAUAAGCUUAAGUCCUUAAAAAGACCGUUAAAGACGUUGUUAAAGGAGAAUUACAGCGAUAUUGAACAAAGAUGUGCUGCGGCUAAAGACAACCUAAAAUCUACCCAGUUACAGUCUCUGCAUGACCCGUCUACUUCAAAUUUGGUUAUUGAGAAAACGGCAAGGGAGGCUUGGCUUAGGUUAUGUUUAGCAGAGGAGAGUUUUUUCCGACAAAAAUCAAGGAUUAAGUGGUUAGCUGAGGGAGAUUUUAACACUACCUUUUUCCAUCUGGUGACUAAACUACGGAAUGCAUCUAAUGUGGUCAAGAAUUUAAACAGACUUGACGGUACUAGGGUAGAGUCCUCAAAGGAGAUCCAUGAGUUUGCGGUUGGAUAUUAUUCGGAUUUAUUGGGUACGAUCCAGGGUGAGAUUUGUCCGGAACUUGCAGAUUAUUUGAAUGAGUUACCUUUACCAAGAUGUACUACUGCACAUUGA